GUGGAUGUCUUCAUAAUGAGGACGUUGACGCGAGAUCAGAGAUACGAGGUGGAGAAAGAACAAGCUCUCAAGCUUGUUCGCUCGUUUUUGGACAUGAACGGAGGGGCAGAUAUUCUGCCACAGAGUCUUGUUCGAUCGUUGGUGUCUCUCGCAGAGUCUGCGGACGACAAGUUUCGGGGCGUGUGCUUAGAGACACUAUGCGAAUUGGCGAUACGCAACAUGCCUCUCCUCACCUUAGCUGGCGGCACUUCCGUCGUCUUCGGCGCACUCCUCGAGGUCACGCCAGAGCUCCUGGAGGUCGUUGUAAAGACCGUGCUGUAUAUGCUAGAUUCACAAAAAACGCGUACUUACAUGCGGCCGUCGGUGGAGCUGGAGAUGAUCAUUUCACAAUUCACCGACGCCUACAGUCGAGGGUCCGCAAACGAAGGGAAGCUUCUGGCAUGCGCCAAAGCAGUAACAUUACUGUUCAAGUCUUGGACGGGAAUAAUAUAUCUGUGCUUGGACGACAAGCGAGCCAUCCGGUCGAUUGUCGAAUCUCUACGCUUGCCGUAUGAUGAAAAUAGGAAAAUCUUGCUGGAGAUGCUUUUCGACAUCUUCCACAUAGAAGUUCCCAACUGGUAUCCAGACUUCAUCUCGGCACGGACGCAUCUUGCACGGCGCGGGUCAAUAUUAACCACCGGCGAGAUUUCGGAAGCAGAAGCCGCGAUCCUGCAAAGGCGGUCCGUGAAGGGCAAGAACCUGGUGGAUCACUAUUUGAGCAUGGUCCUCAUCAUCUUUGUCGAUGUCGGGCUAGUCGAGGUCUUGAUUGAGCUCCUGCAACACGAAAACAAAUAUAUCACUACGCGAGUUACAAUUCUAAUCGCGGAGCUGCUGAAUCUAUGCAGCUGCUUACUACCCAGCACAUAUGGGACGAAACUGCAGAGCCUAUCAACCCUAUUCCGCGUUGCAGCCGAUUUCCAAGAUGAGAAUAAGCGGCACCAAGGCACAGUUGCGUUGACAUAUAUCGAUUCGCUGCGAAGGAGCAAGGGAAAGGGCGAACCACAAGGUCCCAGAAAUGAGAGCGUGCUCGACCGUGUAUCCACAAACGGAGCACAGGCAGCUAUUCAGCGCCAAGUCGAAAGCGUCAAAGCUCGCAUGGGAAUGCAGAUGGAUGAAGCACAUUUCAAGAUCCUCAUCGCCGAUUUAGAGAAAGUUCUGAGUCUCAAGGAGCAUACGAAAUGGAAUUGGGAAACAAUAUUGGAGCUCAUUCAAGGGCCGCUAAGAAAUCCCAAGCGUUUCGACGAGGCCGUGAAGAACAGCAAGGUGGUCAAGCGACUCAUGUCCUUCUAUCGCCCAUUAAAUCGGCAGUUCUCGGAUAUCCGGCGGAGUAAAGCCAAUAACAAGUACCUCCGCGUCGGUUGCGAGCUUCUGAAAACAUUGCUCUCGCAUGCAGACGGUGUUCGCUUCUUAACCGAGAGCAAAUUCUUGCCGGAGAUUGCCGAUUGCCUGGGCCAACUCGAUCCGGGGCAAAGCACUCCACAAGCCGACGUGAUUUUCUCGCAGGAAAGGAUGGAGGACACCAUGACUGGAGAAUACUUCACAUUGCUCGGAGUCUGUAUGCUAUCAGUAGAGGGCAUUCGGAUCUUUGAGAAGUUUCGAAUGUUCAGUUUGUUCUAUCGGCUCACGGAGCUUCGAAGUCGUUAUGACCUUGUAAUGGCUUUGAUCCGCAGCAUGGAUUACACUACAGAGAACCAUGCUCGUGUCCUGCUUUCAAAGCUGAUGACAUCGGGUAACAGGAGCGUGCGACUGGCAGCAACUAAUCAUCUGCGCACGAUACUGGAAAUGGAUAUACCAGAUUUCUCGGGUUGGGGAAUCCAACUCCUAGUGACGCAGUUAUAUGAUCCCUCGAUCGAAGUGUGCGAGACAGCAGUGGAAUUACUGGACAUCGCCUGCAAUGACCCGCAAAAUCUUGAAUCGGCAGUGAAUUUGCGACCAUCCCUAGACCAUCUUGGGGAGGCCGGCAAUCCUUUGCUGUUGAGAUUUCUGUCAUCAUCCGUAGGAUUCACAUACCUGCAGGAGCUUGGGUUCAUCGAGAGCGAGGUGGACUAUUGGUUUGAGGAAGGGAACAUUCAGUAUGCCGUUCGACUGGAACUGUCUGUACAUCGAGCAUUCUUCCCCAAUCGGAAAUCCGGCGGUGCGAAAGCACCGCCACUACCUACCCAAAACGAUCGCGAUGCGAAAUCGAAUGUGGAGGUUGACGGUACAGCUCCGCCCCAUUUCUACGGUGAACUAGCUAGUACACCGGAAGGUAGUCUACUCUUGCGCCGGAAGGGCCAUUUUGCCAAAUUUGCAGAUUCGAUACGGAAGGCACUGGUGCAUGCGGACUUUGCUGAGCUCCUGCAACUCAAAGGGGUUCUAUGGGCUGUGGGCAACAUCGGCUCCGUCAAAACAGGCCUCCCAUUUCUGCUCGAGUUUGAUGUCAUUCGCCAAAUCGUCGAACUGGCACGGACAUCGCCGGUCAUAACACUGCGGGGCACUUGCUAUUAUGUUCUCGGUCUGAUUGCGAAAACGGCUCAUGGGGUGGAAGUGCUGGAGGAUUUUGGAUGGGAGACGGUACUUCGGCCGAACGGGACGUUUGAGGGCUUAUGCGUACCUAAAAGCCCGUCAGCUCUGUUGGCUGUGCCAACCUGGGAUUUCAAAGGGGCUUGGCCAGAGUAUACAGUCGACCCUCAGCAUGCCUUCGACGCGCUGGACGCAGACGAGCAAGGGAUAUUAACUUGCAUCGGCAACAUGAGCAAUCACAUUCUCGCCAACGCGGCGUCUAAAGCACUAUCAAAGCUGCGGACUGACUCGCCCAAUGUCUUCUUGUCGACAUCGCUAUAUACCCGACACGUCAUUCCGAUGCUGUCUAUCUACCACUUCCGCUUAUCUGCGCGGCGCUUCAUUCAUGAUCUUUUCGACCGGGUGACGUUUACGGAUGCAGAAACAGCUGCGAAGCUCGACGAGAUACCGCGCAUCUCAUUUGUAGAAAUGCCACUGCCAAGAAGAUCACGGAGUCGAAAGAGGACCAGGAGGAAAAUGGCUUUACUUGAAGAUGGUCUCUGGGAAGAGGAAAUUGAGGAGGAAUCAGAUAGUGACGAUGAUCAUCGACGGCACUCAGGGAACGAGGAUGACAGCGAUGAGGACAUCAGGGAGCAAAGCUCUACCCUCGAUCUAGACGCCGAUGGGGCAGGCUUCCCCUUGCGAAACAAGCGGUCUUCUGCAAUUGCUCGCCGACAAACUCAUCAUGCACAAUCAAAUGCGCGACCGAAUCGGGCCUCACUCAACGUUAGACGAGCAGUGACAGUCAAGCAAGCUAAUCCUGCUAACUAUGCGACAACCAACCGGAAACAAACGAACAAGAUCAAAGCGAGAGACCCAAAGCCAGCGUCUUCCCCUAGCGGCAAGAACAUGGGCAAGGAGGUGAAGAAGCCCGAUAGGCUGUCCUUGAAGCCGUUGGCAGUCACCAAAGGGUUUCCACCGGCUAUCAUGUCAUGAAUGUGACUUAAGUCUAGCGCAGACUGUCUAUCCUAGCUACAUGACCUUGGGUCUAUACGGCUCUAUGUAUAUUCAUCAUCGUCUCCGUUUUGACGGCAAACACAUGGCUGGGUGGCUCAAAGUGGACUUCGGACUUCUUGCUUGCCGUAACGUCAGGGUCACGUUUCAUGUCUCCGGGGACCUCCACGUUUCCGAUUACUUGUGCUGCCUCUACUUUUAUACUUAUUUUCUCCUCGCCUUCGGUCCGGAUCUCAUCAAGAAUUGCCACCUUCUUCUCAAUACGUCCAUGCUGUGCAAA